CGGGAAAGCUCAGUUUCUGCAGGACGGUGUUUUCACUGGAGUCGCUUUAUAAACAAUGGAGAAAAUAACAGAGAAGGUUUUACUGGAGAAAGGCUCCCCAAAAACAGGAAAACUGGAGCAAAUCGAGACGCUGAAUCUGUCUAAAAUGGGGCUACAGCUUCAGGAUUUGCCCGUCAAGCUGCUCUCCCGUCUCCGGUCUCUGGAGCGGUGGGAUCUGUCCGGGAACCGACUGCAGGACUUUCACAAGAGCCUGGAGCUUCCUGCGCUUCGAUUCCUGGACCUGAGCGACAACCAGAUGGAGGACGUCACCACGCUGGAGUCUCUGGUCGGCCUGGAGGAGCUCAAGAUGGACGACAACCUUUACAUCACCGUGAGCGACAACUACAAGCUGAUGGUGCUGCUGCCCAACCUGAGGAUCUACAACGGUAAAGACGUCAGUACGACGGCCAACCACCUGCGCUACGUCUACAGCGACAACCUGAGGACGAGGAUUAUCGCGGUUUGGGAGAAAAGCUUCAGUCUCCCUGAUCCAAUCACGGCAGAGAAACUCGUCGCCUUGGAGACCAGCUUCGUCAGCACCGCCCGGCAGCAAGUUAAAUUCGGGCCCAGCUCAGUCAGCGACUUCACAAAGUGGAAGGUGGAGAUUAUGGCGAAGGAGUAUCUGCGCUCUCUGACCGACCCGGACAGCAAAGAGGAAUCUGCUGAUGCUAAAGAGAACGAAGGCAUCUCAACUCCUGUGAAGAGGAAACAAACCGAGUCAGAAAGCAACACCAGCAUCCGUCUGACGCCUCGUAAAAAGCUGCGCUCGGAUCUCCCUGCGUCUCCUCUUCAGGAAAGCCCUCGUAAAUCCAGCCUCCGCAUCAAAACUCUAACGGAGACCGCCGCCACCGUCAGGAUGAGCCCCAGAAAGACGAGCCAGCCUCCCUCCACCCCCAGCAGAGGGCGACCGAGAGCAGAGAGGAGCUGCAAAGAGGACGGAGCUCAGACUAAACAGAGGCAGGAAGGCGGCAAGAAACAGCAGAAAACCUCACAGCUGCAGAGAGAUGACGACAUGAUUCAUGCAAUAAAGAGCCUGAAGAACACACAGCAGCCGGUGCAGCUGAAGCCGCUCCAUGUGCUCCAGUGUCACAGCAAACAGGACAAACCCGAGGAUUUCUCCACCCAGCUGUGGGCCUGUGCUUUCCAGCCGCUGCCCGAUUCCUCCGGUGGUGGAGGAAGUCGUCUGGUUGCCACCUGUGGAGGAGAUUCUGUCUGCGUGAUCGACUGUGAAACAGGGAUGGUGAUGAAGAAGUACAAAGUCUCUGGAGAGGAGUUCUUCUCUCUGUCCUGGUCCACGGUGUUGAUGUCCAGAGGAGGAAAAGCUUCGGCUCAGCACUGCAGCAUCCUGGCGGCUGGCGGGAAGAGAGGUCUGGUCAAACUGAUCCAUCCCAGAAACAACGUGGCCUACGGGGAGUUCAGAGCCAGCAGGAAGUCGCUGUCGGUCCUCCGCUUCAACCACCAGCAGGGAAACUUCCUCUUCACGGGAUCCUAUGACAACAAGAUAGUAUUAUGGGAUAUCGGCGGAGUGGACAGUCAGUACAACUUCAAAGUCGUGCAGCUGCUGAUGUUGGAGGUCAGCGCCAACCCUCUGCACAUCUGUCUGCCUCCGACUUCUCCCAGCACACAUCUGCUGACCGCCUGCGAGGACGGCCUGCACUGCUACAACACACAACUGGGAACCAACAGCAACACAAAGAGGUCAGAGGAGAUGGAGAUAACCUUCCCGAUAUACAAGAAGGAAGACAAAGACCACGACUACCACACCAUCGACGGCCUGAGCUUUCUAAACGACGACAUAGUGGCCUCCAAGAACUACAUGCAUGGAUCCAUCUACUUGUGGAGCUGGAGCCGGACCAAGGCUCAACGGCCGGACAAGAAGACCAGGACGGUGUGUGCUGUGGUUCUGGCCGAGCUGCAGUGGGCCGACACCGAGAUUCCCUACCUGGCCCUCAACACCUGUCCAGGCCGAGCGUACGUGGUGUGUGGCGACAACAAAGGCCGGCUGUGGACGUACCACAUCACCAACCUCCAGAUAAACAACUUCCAGACAGGAAAAGCCAUACAGCCCACAGAGGUGUUGGAGUGGCCCACCCCGAUGAGGGACGGCCUCAGCCAGCUGGAGGGUCCCUCCAUCAACAAUGUGGCGAUGGACCCUGAGCUCCACUACCUGGCAGCCCUCAGCGACAAGAACAUGGUGAUCGUGUGGAAAAGAGACGAGUCGUCCUGAUAACUGGACGAGUCUGACGGAUCGCUACUGUUUUUUGGGACGUAAAUUAGCCGGGCAUUGCGGGACAUUAUUGGCUAAUCAGUCUGGAACCUUUUAAUUUCCAAAAUACAUGGAAGUCUGUUUGAACAAGAUGAAACAUGAACUCUCCAAGAGGCUUUAUGGUUAUUGUAGCAUCAAAGAGCUCAAUGUACCACAUUUUGGUAUAUUUUUAAGGUGAGAUAUAAAAGCAUUGAAGAUGGGAUUUUUUUAGAUCGUUUUUUCAACUUGUCAGCCAGCACACCUGCCUACACAGCAAAAAAAGCUGCAGGUGCAACUUACCUGCAAUCCAAAGGGCCACCCAGGAGCCGCAGUUCCUCCAGUGGCCCAAGAUCCCCCAGUAACCUCAGGUGCCUAAGUUCCCCCAGCAACUGUAUAUGCUGCAGUUCCCCAAGGUCCCCCAAGAUCCCAAAGGUACCACAGCAAGCCAAGAUCCCAAAGGUACCACAGCAAGCCAAGAUCCCAAAGGUACCACAGCAACCCAAGGUUCCCGAGGUCCUCCAGCAACACCAGGUGCCCAAAUACUGGCUCCAGCGACCCCAGGUGGUACACUAUCCCAGCCCGGCUACCAGCCCAAGGUGCUACGCCAGAAGCCCCAUUAGACCCGUCACUAACCUUAGCAGCUCUGAUUUGUUGAAGAUCUUUUUCCUUCUCAUUUUCUUCAUAAGCUGUGUGGGCAAAACAGCUUUAAAAUGGUGGCGUUAGCAGCUGAAACAAUAGAAUAAUAUUCUUUUUUUUUUAAUUUUUACAUCAAAGUGUAAUAUGUGGAGUUUGGCAUAAAACUCUUAAUUUGCAGAGUUUUUGGUGAUGCUUGAAGUUAGUAAUAUCAGCACAUCUACGGGAAGAGAACUGUUCAUCGUUUCCAUGUGAUGUAUUUAUAAGAUAAUAUAACUUUACUGAUCCCUCACUGGGGGAAUUCACAACUUCUAUCUGCUGAUUUGUUGUUUGAAACAAAACACAUUUACUGUAUUUACAUCUACAUCAUCACAUGUAGUUGGCGUUUUGUUUUUUCUGAGUCCUUCGUGGCUCCAGUAUGAUUUCAGUUGUACGCCUCAGAAUUAAAUUCUUCUGACUCUUAACAGCAGCGAUGAUGGUUUUAAAUCCACUUAUUUCAGCACCAGCCACUCAAAAUAGUCACGAGAACCCCGUUAGAUGGGCACAAGAAACAUCCAGAUGCUUAAUUUUCGUAUUAGAAAUCAGUAUUUUUAUUUUAACAGUGGAUCACAUGAAUGUGUGUAAUGGGAAAGAGGUCACUUGUAAUGACAAGGAAGGAAGCAACGUGCAGCUCAGAGAAACUCACCUGCACUGCAAAAACAGAACAAAAAGAAGAGUAAAUGUUUGUUGUUUGGCUUAAAAAAAAGCUCCACAGAAAAUGUUAAAGCUGCUGAACGCCUGUGGGAUGUUUAAUCAGUUAAACUGAAGCCGGCAUUCCUGUGUGUGUUUAUUUUUCUGCAGUUUGUGCAGUAUUAUAGUUUUUUUUUUCCUUUUAUUUUCAGACGAGUUUUUGAGUGAACCUUCUGCUGUUUAAAUAUCAGGUUCGGUUUAAAUUUGCAGCUUUGGCCGGAAGAAAGAGCAGCACAAUGUGUGUCUCUCUGCUGUAAAAUUAUGUUGAUGUGAACAGAAACAUCAUCAUUUACUUUUAUGUGCUGGGAAGCUCUACGUUUGCUAUCUUCAUCUCAAUAAAAGGAUAUUUUCAACUUG